CCCCGAUUCGCGGCCAGCUCUCAGCACGAGCCCAGCCUGCCUGUCCUGUCACCUCCUUGCCCCCGGCCGGCGGGGAGUUCAGGGCACAGGGUUGGAGGAGGGCCGUGGACUUCUCACGACCACACAGGCUCACGGCACCAGAGAGAAAUGAUAUCCUCGGGGGUCUGCGGCCCGGCCUCUGCCGCAUCCCCGUGCCUGGUCACCCCGGCUGACCCUCCGCAGGCCACCGUGUCCUCUCCGAGGUCCCAUGACGCGGAGAGGGUGGGAAACAAGGGCAGGAGGCUGAAGAGAGCCAGGAAUGUGUUGGAGGCAGAGCCGUGGGGCGACGGGCCCAUUGGGCUGCGUGUCCCGUGCGCUCGCACGUACCCGGCGAGGCCUGUGCUCACGGUGACCUCACCGGCAGCGGCUCCAACACCGGGGGAGAUGACCCAAGCCUUUGCCCGCGGUCACAAGCCCACUGGGCGUCCCUGCUGGAACCCUAGCUGGUCACUGGAGCUUUCAGGAGACGGCAUUUCCAUCACGGGUCGGGGAGAGAGGGCGCGGGCCACCUGUGGGCUUCGGGUCCGUGGGGGACCGUGCUGUUCAGAGGACAGAAUCCAUUUCAAGAGGGUGAUUUGACUCUGUGACAGUGGGGGCUGAGGGGGGCCCACACAAGGCACCCUGCUUUUUGGGCAAAGGGUUGUUGGUCGGACGUGGGCACACAGUUCUCUCCUGGGGCCUCUCGUCUAGCGUUGAACCUUUCAUCCCUCGAUGUCUGGGAGAGAAGGACCAGCCCGGCAUUUCGGGAGGGAGCGGCCGUAGCGCAGAGCUGGGAUGUGUGUCCCCCGUCCCGGGUUCUUGGUCACGACAUCCUGUCCCUUCAGCCCAGGUGGCUCCAGAACGGAGAACAAAUCUGAGGUGGUCUUUGUUCUGCCGGCGCCGUCCUGGGAGGCGGGGACUGAAGGCGGGAGACCCAUCCUCCCCCGUCGGACAUCUCUUAGAUCGAGACCUGGCCUGUCUCCGCCCUCCCAGCGCAGAAGCCCUCGCCAGCUCUCCCCUGACUGGCGAGGAGGCCUCCUUAAGGCAGGUGAGGCCCGUGUCCCCUCCCGUGUGGAUGGGGAGUGGUUGGAUGACUCGCCCAAGGUCAGGCCACCGCGGGCUGCUGCCAGGAGUCGAAGGAGCCCGGUCCUGGCACGAGUGUCUGGUAGCGGGAUGGGAUGUCACAGCGCUGGACUUCCCAUGGCUUGGUUCAUCUGGCUCCGGGGCUGCCUGUCCUUGGAAGGGCUUGAGGAGAGGGUUGCGCUGUCGCAGCCUGAGCCCUGGAGAGGGCUGGAGGGCUUUCAGCGAAGCCCCCCCCCCCAUCAGGCAGGCGGUUCUGUUUCCAGGCAGCCAUCGAGGACACAUGCUAGCGUUUAGACGAGAGAAUACUCCUCUCCGUCCUGUUUGUCUUCGGGAAACGUUGGAAACACCUACACGCGCGGCAGCGGGGGUGGGGGAGCGGUUAAAUCAAUCACAGCUUUGGACGCUCCGCGGGACCAAAUGGUGUUCGGGGGUUUUUUUUUUACCGGGACGCGUUCGGAUGGGGGGAGGGGGAGUCAGACGUCCUCUCCCGGGCGUGCGUUUUCUCACGUUCCCGCGGUGAGCGUGAGUGAUCCGUGUCCCUGGGAAAGUUACAGCUCAGCAAAGUGAGGGUCUAGCUGUGGAGCACGGUCCAGGGUGGGGGAGAGGGGUGGGCGCUGAGGGAGUGCUAGGUGGGUGAGGGGGGAUGUCCUCGCUCCGGAAGCAGCGCGGAGAGGAUGGCCGUGGUGGCCGUGCUGGAGCGUUCGGGAAGGCCGGCAGAGGCCCUCUGAGCUGGAACGUGUGGAGGCCAUGUCCGUCCGCCACCCCACCCCGCCCUGAUCUUGUCCCUUAAGGGCGUGGGUACACCAGCCACAUGCAGAGCCCAAGGGCUUGACGGUGCUUGCUGCGGAGGGAUAGUCCCCAUCUACAGACCCUGAAGAGGGACCCCAAUGAAAGUGGGUGGCGGGGGUGGGCUGCGGUUGAGCCCUCCCCGCGGGAAGAAGGCCUCCAGGGCCCUUCAGCCUCAAAGGCUUUUGUCCCCGAGACUCCCACACUUCAGCCAAGUUCCCGUUAAUAACUGUCUCGAGAAACCAGACCCCGAGAUCGCUUGCUUUGACUUCUGAGGGCCAGAGUCCUGUUCCCCAAACUGAAUCGGUGGUGAGAUUCGUGGAGGGUGCCCCAGCCCUAGCAACGAGGUCAGAUAUGUCCGAUUGCUUUGGGGGCGUGGGUGGCCCAAGGGGGCCCGGGCUGGGAGCCCUUCUUCCCUGCCCCCCCUGGUGAGUCCUGCAGGGCAGUGACCCCCUGGAGCAGCAGGUGUCCCGCACCCGAGGGGAAGCGGACGCCCUCCCUGCGGCGGGGAGGGGCGGCAGGUAUCGCGCGGGGAUCCUGGGACAGCUGGGAAGGGCCCCGCAGGGAGCACUGGUGCGUGCUGCCAGGCUGGGGAGGAAAGGAUCUUCUCGCCCAGAGCUCCUCCUUAACACCGAAAGGGCACACGUGCCAGACCUUCGAGAUGCCCCUGUGUCCGAGCCGUCCCCCUACAAUUUGGAGCCAAAUCGUUGUGUUUGCUAGACCCACAGCAGGUGUCCUGCCGGGCGCUUGCCCUCCGGCUGGCUUGUUGCUGUCCCUGAAUUCACCCCUGCUCUGAUGUCACAGGCCAGCAGCUCUGUGGUUCCCGUGGCAGCAGCCUGCCAUGGUUCACCAGCUGGGGCAGACGCCGGGCCGCUGGUGGAGGUGGGGAGCUGCGAUUCCAGCCUGCUUUGGUCAGUGGGUCCCGGAGACCCCAGCGUGGGCCGACCAAAGUCCCGCGGUGCCCGCCCCUCAUCUGUGGUGGGGCGGGUCUUGUGUGUGCCCCGUGUUUGGGGCCUUGGGAAGUGGGACUGGUCAGGGUGGCCAGGCCGCAUGCCCAGAAGGCUAGUUUGAAAGUCCUGUGCUGUGGGACUCUCCCUGUAGAGUUGGGUGGGGGUUGGGGGGCAGGACGGGGUUGGGGAGGAACAUGGUGGUUUGGGGGAGUGGGGAGAGGUUAUCGUGCAGCAGGAACAGCUGUUGGUCAGGGCCACCACCUGACCUGCACUGUGUCCCUGGAGUCCGAGGGGGGAGGGGAACCCGAUGACUGGCCUUGUCAAGGGACAUCGAGUGAGCCACCAGCCGGGUCCACUUGAUGGGUGUCUCACUACCUACCAAGUCAGCCCAAUGAUUUCAAGACAAUCCUGUAGAAAGUGCUUCUUUCCACCUGGCCGGUUUCUGCCUCCCUGUAAUGUGCUCUUGGUCUAGCUCCGCCAUCUGGAGACACGCACAGGGCUCGCUCUUCUCAGAACGCUCCGGGCGGCAGAGUGUGUCGUGGUCGUGCGGGCUUCGCGUGGGCCGGCCGUGGCAACUGUGGCUCUCCGGCCCCUCGCGCCUUGAUUCCCGCUCUUGGCUCCCGCCACCGUCGCUCUGAAGCCGUGUCCGCACAGGUCACCAACAUGAAAAGAAAUGCAGACAGAGCCGCCGGGCUGAGUCCCAGCCCCAAACAGCAGGCCCCGCGCUUACAGCAGAAGCACAGGUUGCUGCAGGUCCGCGAGAAGGGACCCCUGGCCCUGCAGAGACAAGACCUCCCUCAGCCGAAGAGCCCACAGCCCCCACGCCUGGCCGAGGAGCUGGAGGCCCCCGGCCAGCCCCAGCACGUCCGGGGCCUGGAGCACCUGUAUUUAGCCCAUCGGUUAGGUGCUGGGGGAGGAGAGGCCAGGGAGCACCGGCCUGACUCGAAGGGGCCGGCCCAGCGAGGAACAGCCCGGCCGCCCAGGGCCCGGGAAAAGCACAGAGCAGCCAUCCGAGAAGAGAAGAGUCACAGAGAAGGGCUGGCUGGACAGCAGGCCCGGCUCACCCAGGCCCAGAGGAGAGCCGCGGGCCCCGAGAAGCUGGGGGCUCCCAGAGGCGCAGGCCUCACCCGUCGCCCCCUCUGCCCCCGCGAGCAGAGUAAGAGCAAGCGACCGCCUUUGAUGAAGGCCCGCGGUGGCCACCGUCCCGCUGACCCCUGGGGGAGCAGAGGGGUAGACAGAGAAGAGUUCUUGGCUGUCCCCGGGGCGCUCGGGCAUCCGCAGAGAAGGGAGAAAGGAGGAGCCCGGGACAGGAGGCGGCGGCCGGGGAAGGGGGCAACUCCUCCGGGUCAGGGCCGCGCACAUAGCUCUCUGGAUCAGAGCCCCGAGGGAAACACAGAGGACCCAGAACAGCCGUGGCCCAUCUGCUGGACCCACGGAGGGGGUGCUGCGCCCCAGGCGUGUCUCUGCAGACGCGGGGACAAGAGCAGGUGGCAGAGGGAGCUGGAGUUAGCCUUCCAGGAGCUGUUCAACACCAACAGGGAGCUGAAGAAGCACUUGACCUUGCACCUUGCCCUGGGGCCCGCGGCGGAUCAGAGCGCCAGGGACGAGCUCAGCCCCCGCGACGUGCAAGAACCGACGGGGGAGUCCCAGCGCCACCAGCCAGCGGUGGGCCCAGAAGCGGACGUGGAGCCCGGCGCGGAGCCCACGGGGCCAGCGCAGGCAAAGGCCCCUGAGUCCCGAACCAGCUUGGAGGAGUUCUUGAGCAACCUCAAGAACCAGAAAUAUCUCAGGCCGACCACGUUCCCGUCUAAGACCAUGAGUGAACCGUUGUCUCCCAAGGCGGGGGUGUUUAUCGGUGCAGAGAACCGGCUCCUGGGUGGCCUGGGCUCCAGGGAGGCACUGGCCAGACCCGACCCGCUGGCGGAGGGCCCCCGGUGCCGGUUCCUGCAAGAACAGGCAGACGGAGCCAGCCUCGUGGCCUUGUGGCGGAGACCAGAUGGGCCGCCGGAGCCGGUGCCCCGGACGGGGCCCCCGGGGCUGAGCUGGGAAGCCCGCUCCCAGGCCGGGCUGGAAGGGCAGAGAGAACAGAGAAGGGCAGGCCCGGCCCACCUGACGUCUUACUCCUCCCUAGACCCCGAGGAGGAAGGGGCGUGUGACACCACUUCCCCCUGGGCCUCCGGCUUCAUCGUCGAUGAUGACAGGCACAGUCAGAUGAUCCAUGACCUUCAGCAGCAAAUUGAAGAGCAAAACAAGUUGCACAAGCAAUUUCUCGCAGAAGCCAGGAAACGCUUGCAAGAGUUUCAGAGGAUAUGAUAAGAGCGGGCGUCCCACCCAUGAUAAAAAUACAUCACUGAUAACGGGCGUGAUGCCGGAAAUGGUACUCCUCGCCCGGAGAGUCUGUGUGUGUGUCCACCUCCCCGUUCAGACCCCGUGGGCCCCCUCCCAGUGGGCUGCCUGUCCCCGCCGCCCCCCC